UUAUAAAAUAUUAUUGUUAUAAGCUCCAACAGGUUUAAUAGGCCACGGUAAUGCUUCGAAUCAGUCGUUUUUCUCAUUUGCUGGGCGGGAUACGACGUUCUUCGGAGGUAACAACAUUUAAACAAGCUCCAUCGAAGUUUUCUGUGGUCGGUGGUAAAUUUGUGCGCGUAGAAUCAAAGGAUAAACAAGACCAAGUCACCCACACAGGACAGUUUUUCGAGCAAGAUGAUUGGAGAAGAAACCGAUUCAUCGACCGAAAAAAACUGGUGAACCCUAACUGGGGGAUUAACCUAGUUGCGGAAAUCCCCCCUAUUGAGGUCGAAGGUCGAAUCGCUGUUUGUGAUGGCCGGGAAUCCCCGGAUCACCCCACUGCUCUUGGCCACCCUCGUGUGUACAUUAAUCUCGUAAGGAAUAUAUUGUUUCUAUGUUUGCUGUAUAUGAUUAUGGUUUGAUAAAAACAACACUUAUAAUUUUGGUUGUUUCUAUCUACAAAG